ACAUUAAUAGCAUUAUAUAUAGUUUGCAUAUCUUUGAAGAUAUGGGUUUCCAUUGUGAGGAAAAGGAUAGCAUACAUCUGCAACCUUGCGCAGCUUGCAGGAUGUUACGCCGCAGAUGUGACAGUAAGUGCGUACUUGCUCCAUAUUUCCCAACCAAUGAGGUUGAUAAAUUUGCUGGAGUGCAUAGAGUGUUCGGUGCUAGCAACGUUAUCAAAAUGAUUCAGAUGGUCGAGGAAACAAAGAGAGAGGAUGCUGUUAAAGCGAUGGUGUACGAGGCGACGGCAAGGCUCAGAGACCCAGUUUAUGGCAGUGCUGGAGCUAUUUAUCAGUUACAAAAGAUGAUUGAGGAACUGAAGGCACAGCUGGAGUCCAUAAAAACUCGUGUGUCAGAACAAAAAGACCAGUUGUUGAGUAUUCGUAAUAACAACGUUAACGCUUGUGGCCACCUUGAUCAAUAUCCAUUUCCCGUCAAUGUCGACCCCAUCUUUGAUCAUGAUCAUCUCAUGGUCUCAGAUCCAUUUGAUUUUCCUGUAGAAGGUGGUGGCUGGGUAUUUAGCAAUAUGUCAACGCCCUCCUUAUAAAACACUAGCUAGAUAUUAAUUAUUUCAUAUAUGAUAUAUAAAUUAAUGCUCA